GAAUGAUUUUCCUUUUGUCCUCUCCCUUCCCACAUCAAAAACCUUCCAACUAAAAAACCCUUUGUCAACUUCUAUAACAACGAAACAAUUCCAACACGCCCAACAUGCCCAGUACCAUUCAUGAGACCGAUGCAACUCCUGUCGCUUGUAUCAUCUGCCUGCAAGAAAGCAUUGCUUCACCUCUGGCUUUGGCGGGGUGCGGCCAUGAGUUUUGCAAAGGCUGCUUGGAGCAGUGGUUUGAAAAGUUUGACUACGAAACCGCAGUAGCCCCAAACUGCCCCAAAUGUCGUACGGAUGCCUCCCAAAAAGAUAUUGAGAAUGUGCUUGGACGUUCUCUCAAGAGGAGUGACGCCACAAUGAGUACUAGUAGUAGCCAAGAGCCAACGCUUGGGACAACUGAAAUCGAUGCAUUCACCAGGACAUACCUGGAGGAUGCUGGAGCAAAGCAGUGUCCUGACUGUGGAGUGUGGAUUGUCAAGGAAGAAGGCUGUGACAACAUGAAGUGCCGCUGUGGUUGCUGCUUUUGUUUCGCUUGUGCUCCAGAAAUAUGUACAUGCGGAAUGCUGGGAACCUACUACGACAACGUGCUUGGAAGGGAGGAUAGUAGUGAAGAGGAAAGUGAUGAAGAAGAGAUUCAAUUGGAAAGUUUAGAAGAAGAGACAUGGAACAGCUGGGAAAGCUACACCUGUCCCGCAACGGGACGGCGACGAUGGAGGCUUCGCACGGUGACUGAACCAAGCCCACAAAUCAAUCAAACACAAUGUGGACAUGGAUAAAUAUUGCUUCCUCUCUCUAUAUAAUAUACAGUUUUCGAAUUGGCAUGUAGCAUUACUCGUACUUGGGG